AUGACAGCUUACAAGACCCCUUUGGGAACCACACCUUUCAACCUUGUGUAUGGAAAGACUUGUCAUCUACCAAUUGAGCUUGAGUACAAGGCAUUAUGGGCUGUUAAGUUGCUGAACUUUGACAUCAAGAGUGCCAAGGAGAUGAGACUUCUCCAACUAAAUGAGCUUGAUGAGAUUAAACUUGAGACUGAAGUUGUUUCCCGGGAACCUUUCAAGAUAAAGGAAGUUAGGCCAUAUGGGGCAAUUGUGUUAUGGGAUAAGAAUGGUGGAGACUUUACAGUCAAUGGACAAAGAGUUAAGCUCUACAUGGGAACCACAAUGGAGGAGAAAAGAAUCUCGGUUUCACUCUCCGACCCCAUCACCACCUAG